UACGGCGAUUGAUGAUUGUGUUUUCGACAUCGUGGCUAGGAGUGAAAAGCCUAAGACGUUUUUACACUUUGUAAACAACACCAGGGCUAGUAGUGUUGUACCUCUGGUGCAGAAUAUAAAGAAGUACGCAUAGAUGUACUACCUACAUACUACGAUUAUAAUAGGUUGCUACGAUUAUAAUAGGUUGGAAUCAAAAUGUCGCCUCCUUUGCAACUCGUGCUGCUAGAUGACGUCGAACUCGAAAAGGGUACAACUCCCGAUGGCCCUAGCCGCUUAAAGAACACCUGUAGCCUGGCGGUCACGGAGACAGUUCCUGGGAUUCUGCAAAGCGUGAAAAAUGUGUCCUUUGAGUCGGCUCCAAGUGAUACGGACCGGUUUUUGGAGGAACCGGUUUUGGUCUUACACUCAGGCGACGCUGCUGUGAAUCCUGUGACAUUCUACCGUUCGGAGAUCUUUGGCGCAGAUCUUCGAUUGUCUAACUACAAGGAAGAUCAUCGUGCAAUUAUGGAACGUCGGGAAGGAAUAGUGCAAGAAUCUUCUAAGAAUGGACAAGACGAUCGCGUUGCUAAUGGACUGAAUCUCCUUGGUGGAAUUGAAGAGUCUGCACAAAACCAGACGAAAGUUGUCGUAGAGUUGCAGCGCUACCCGCUGACGAAGCGAGAAACGCAAUGCUGCAGCCCUUGCUCUUGCUUCACCGCGUGUUGUCUGCCGGGAAGAGUAGACGAAAGCAACAGCUUCUUGCCAGAUCAGAUUAUGGGAACACAUUUUUCAUAUGCCUAAAAGUAAACGCAGUUUUUGGAUGGUAGACAACAAUAGCAUUAGCAAUGAUCGAAAUCGAUUGACAUUGAAAGAUAAAAAUUUGAGCAGUAGUAUCUAUAAAAAAAAAGACUCGUUCUUGCUGUCGUGUUUCCCACCUUUCCCUUCUUGCUUUAAGAAGGCGAACGUUACGCAUUACCCGCCACGGAGGCUCGCAGCCGCUCCUUUCUACCCCGCCGGUUAUGUGCGAGAGACCGCUUUCGUCUACUUCGAAGUCGGCGCUGGUCUUGCAGGAAGUGCUUCAUUCGAUGAGCGGCUCGCAAUGGCGAGGCGCUUAGUCGAUGCGAUUGAUCAGUGGUGUCGAAGCGGCAGUAUGAAGUUGGGAAACGUGUCUGCAGACGGGAAUUGGUUAUGCAACUCGAAGAGUGAAGAAGCUGCUUUUCUUGAACGCAGAAAUGAUGCAGACGGUAACGGGAGGAAGGAACCGCCCGAAGCACGAAUUCCGAAGACCCGCGAAUUCCUUGUUUUGAUCAAUCCCAAGAGCGGGCCGGGGCACGCACUGAGGCGGUGGCAGCAAGAGGUGCGUCCGAUUCUGAACGCAGCGAACCGCGGCAACAAGAUGGCGUUUGAGGUGAUUGUGACUGAGAGAGCCAAUCACGCUUUCGAUAUGGUGCGCGACAUGUCUGAAGAUCGCCUUCUCAGCUAUCACGGCAUCAUCGUCGUUUCUGGCGAUGGCUUGGUUCACGAGGUCUAUCGUGGACUCUGCACAAGACCGCCAACUGCAUCUGGUGUUUAUGUAUAAGAAUUGUCCGUCGAGUCACCUCCUAUGUCCGUUGUCACGAGAACGUGAAAAAGUACUUAAAUAAGAGUUUUCUUGGUAGGUUCUAAACCACCGGCUUUCCUGCCUUCAUCGUCUAUUCAUGUUGCCCCUGCCUUCUCCGUCAUUCCCGUUGCGCACAUGCUAGGAGGAUCCGGCAACGCUUUGGGCUCUUCCAUCCUCCACGUUAGUGGCGAGCCUCUACAGAACCAGAGCGCCGCACUUGUCGUUCUUCGCGAUGAAACUUGCGCGUUGGACCUUUGGCGUGUGUCUGUCAUAAGGAGGACUAGCAUUUUUAGUGGUGUGCCAUCAAAAAAGUCCCAACCUGUUGAUGUUCCACAAGUUCAGGUGGAUGGAGCAAACGACGGAUCAAACCUGGAGGAUCAUGUGGUGGAGUGGCGUCCAUCGUUUUUGUCGGUGUUUUUCGGUCUGAUGGCUGACAUCGAUAUCGAAAGUGAAUGGCUGCGUUGCUUGGGUUCACUGCGCUUCACACUGUAUGCAGUGCGCAACGUUGCACGAUUUCGCACGUACCGAGGAAGGGUGCGAUAUCGCGGUCGUGAAAUUCACAAGGAUGAAUAUGCGGUGAUGAUGGAACGCUUGUUGAGUAGGAAAAAUAAUGAUAAUCGCGGCCGUGCUGGUCUAUGCCAAGACCAUGGAAACAGUUCUCUAUCUACGUCAGCAACGUUUUCACCUCUUGCGCUCGGGGAUUCUUGCUGCGGCUCUGUUGGUGUUGAAUUCGGUGCAGGCAACAUUGCCCAACAGGGGUCCAGCACGAUCACAGCUUCUUCCGGCACGACCACGACAGCCUCGUCUAGCAUGAAGAGCAGAGCCGAUAAUUUCUCAAGUAGGUCUUUGUGGCAAAGCAUUCUUCCAGCUUCAGGUGGGGAGGCAUCGCCUUGGGCACACCGCUUCUUGACGCUCUGGGCUGCUUCGCAGCCGAUGGUAACGGAACACGAGGCUGCGGUUCCUUUUGCACGUGCCAACGACGGCAAAUAUUGGCUCAUUUAUUGCGCCGCCUCGAUGCCCCGCAGUCAAAUCGUGCGCUUCCUCUUGGCGAUUGAGCACGGAACACACCUCGACCUCCUGGACGGCGAACAUUGUCGGCUUUUCUGUUGCGACGAAUUUGAAGUAGAUUUGAUGGACCCUAGAACAAGUCUAUCUGAAGAUACUACCGCUGGGGGUUUAACAACAACAAACACACUAGAGGUUGAAGUAGGACCUUCUGGCCUCGAGGACCUUGAAGCUGCAUCAGGAGGAACCCUUGAAGUGCCAGAAGCAGUCGAAAGUCGCAAUUUACCCGAUCCUGCGGAGUCAUCGUCUCACCGCGGCGAAGAAGUUAUGAGGCUUCUUGACAUCAUAUUUUGAAGAGUCGAAAUACAUUCAUACCUAAAACAACUUAUGCUGCUGCAGUCGUUUGAUGAAGCGAUGUUUAUGUCGUGCUAUUAAAGACGCAGCGAAGAAACCGCUUGCUUCGAUCCCGUUUCCACCGUGAGACCACUUUCAUGGAAAACUCCCCAAAUCGCAGCGCAAUGCUAUCGCGGCGGAUCGCUUUCAUGAGUGUUGACGGCGAGCGAGUGGACGUCAUGCAGGGAAGUAAAGUGCACGUGACCAAAAUGUCUCAUCCUGGCCGACUCUUUUGUUCUCCUGUAAGAUGAUCAUUCAUGAACCGGAGACUCCAAGAAUUUUUGUGUAAAUGGAUGUGUGCAGUUAUAGAAGAAGCAUCAAAAAUUAUCUGAUGAGUGUAACUAAGUGACAUUAUGAUGUAAGACUAAGACUGAAUAAAAGGAUAUUAGACGCUGGCGGCUGGGCACGCUGGGUGGCUGGGCGGCAACGCGGGGCACGCUGGGCGGCAACGCUGGGCACGCUGGGCGGGCGAUUGGAUAGCGGACUUGACGGCCACACAUUGGGCAUGCCGAGCCUGCGCGGCCGAUGGAUGGAUUUACUUGCGCCGCGGGGACGCGGUGCAGCGCGUCCCGUGAGGACCAACAAAGGCGGCGCGCCGGCCUCCAGGUUCAGGGCAGCGCUGGCGCAGUGCUGCGCCAGUUUGCGCAGUAGCGGGCUGCGCGGCGCCUGCUCUGUUCAGGCUUGCACUGCGUCGCGCUGCACUGCGCUGCCCGAUGCGUGCAAUGCUGCGCCGCUCCUGUGCACAGUGGUAAACUCGCCAGCGUCGUUGGCCUUGGCCUCCACUAGACUCGCACUGCUGGCGGGGUUCUCAAGCGGGCGCCCGAAGGGCGCCCCGCAAUUGGAGACGCCCAGUGCCACGCUAGGCGCAGAAUUCGGCAGAUCUGGCACAUUUGGGUCGCCCAGCGACCCAGUGUGCCCAGCGUGCCCAGCCCAGCCAUGUUGGCAACCCUUAUAAACUGUUCUAGGAUAAGGUAGUACGUUUCAAGGGAUGUGCAGCAGUAGUUGCAAUGUGGAGGUUUUUUUUCUGUGUAAAAAACAAAGCAAUGGCAGCUUCUACUGGUACUAGGAUUUAUUAUCGAAUACCUUCGUAACUAUUUGACAUACUUUUUGCAUGAUGUGCUUCGGUACGUUUGACUGAUUUUUGGCGUUACCAGGCAGGGUCGUCCCAACUUGAAAAAGUAGGCCACAAAUGCGGCCAACUAUACAAGUCGUGAAAGAUUUGCGCCCGGUUCCUUUGAAAUCGGGAGAUCGUGUGCUAUCAUGUACAGGAUUGACUAGCACUUGAGCCACAUAUUCAAGGAACUGCGCGAUUAGCGUGCGGGAAACAAAGUAGAUUGACCACAUUGAUUGCCGGGCUUCAAAAAUCUAAGAACCUCUAUCUUAUCUGAAUUCUCCUCAAUUUUACGCUAGAACGAAUGCCAAAGAUUCAACAUAUCAGCACUCAAGAAUCACAUAGUACACAACGACCACUUGUUUUUCUAGAGAAAAGGCAGCAGCAGGGUCGAUCUCGAUGCGUUCCGAUCCGUGAACUAUCAAUCAAAUUUUCUGUCUCAACAAAAAGAUGCAACUACAAGAGAAAUCUCUUAAAACAAGGACUGCUAAAUGCCAUAGGACUUGAUUGUGUAAGUAGAAAGUCUGUGCACUAACUCGGGAGUGUACAGUCAGAGUCUGCCAAUAAUUUUG